UUGGCAAAAAAUGUUUCAAGUUGUUCUUGCCCUGCUUUUAUUUUUUUAUAACUUGAAUGGCGGAGACUAUCAAAAAUUGAUUUAUUGCUUGUCGUAUAGCUCUUGUUUUCCUAAUAAUCAUUUGUAAUUUGAUCUUAAUUAGAUUAACAUAGCUCAAUAUUUACUUUAUUACAUAAAAUGUGUCGUAAUCGUGUUGUAAACCUCUAUAAAAAAUCUAAUUAAAACUACUUGUCAGACAAUCAUAUGUUAGUAAUUAGUGAUGUCAGUGUUUGUUUACUAAUGACAGUUUCUGUGAAAAUCUUGUUAUUUUUCAAGAUUUCGUUAUGAAUAUUCCGGAAUCGACUGGAGAGUCAUCGUGUAAGCGACAAGAAAAUGGCGACGCAUCAGCAGGUUCUGAUCGCCCACUUAAAAAGGCUCGUUUCGCGUGGCAAGUUAAAGGGAAAUAUCACUUGAAAAAUGGUACUUCUGAUCCUGGAAAACCCUCAAAUGCUACUUCGAACGAGUUAGACAGGGCUAGCUCGUCUUCGGAUAACGAAAACGAAUGUAUAGACGCCGUGGGUAACACGGAACAAAAUUUGGAAAGAUUAGGCGACUACUUAUUGAAACAAGAUUUCAAUACGCUUGACUCGGUUAUCGCUGAUUCUGAGAGCUCGCUGUUGAAGCCAAGCACAAGUUUAUCAUCCGAGAAACUGCCUUAUCCUAGAUAUGUGAGCUCAUUUGACAACGGUAGCUCUAACAAUAGCAUGUCCUCCAGUGCAAACAGUCAGGAGAACAGAUCUAUCCCCAUGUCCAUGGUCGUGUCGGCGUCCUACAGUGAGGACCAGUGUAUAGCGCGGUGGCAGGCCAGACAGAUGGCCAAAGGAUUUGUGGACAAUACAAUAAACCGUGUAUUGGAUUCAUGGAUGGUCGCCCCCCUGCCCACUGACAUGGACAACAACCGCUUCCUGGCCCUGGACGUUGCCGAGUUCAUCAACAACCUGCCCGGUGACAACAGCAUUGAAAACGAAGGCAUCCUCAUGGCCAUAUCUGCACACGGCUUACAAAACACUUCAAGCUCAAGUAGCAAUGAGGACAGUCAGAAUGAAGAGCAAGCCUGCAGUUACAUGAGCGUUAAAGAUGACGCCUUUCCUUCACCUCCAAGUAGCCCCAUACAAUCAGAUGAUGGAAUAAGAACUGAACCUGUAAAACUAAAACAGAGUGAUGAUGGUGCCUCAAAUGAACUGGACCUGUCUUGGUACAGUGAUGACAAAAGAAAUAUAAAUAGUGAAACACAAUUUUCUUUCUUCCCCGAGUCUUCCACUUCAUCAUAUCAAUACUUCGCUGAGUCGGAGCCGCUUCAGCCGUCCAGUAUUGACUAUGAUGCAAGUGAGAACAUGAACUCUAGUGGUGCUGAUAUCAUGACAAGUCACUAUGACUUCCUUGAUGCUGCUGUUUCUUUUGCAAUACAAAACAAAGGACUGACUUCUUUUGGAUCUGAUUAUGGUUAAAUAACACUAAAAACCCCAUUGACAAAAAAAAUUAAAUUGAAAAAAAAUAUGUAAAUACUGGAAAAAUUUAAAAUUGAAGAAUAGUUCAAAACAACUUUAGACUUGUCUCCAGAAUUAGAAGUGUAAACUGGCAAAUCCAGGCCUGUAUGUUAUGAGAUUGCCACAUUACCAUUUAAUGCCAUUUAUUUCUUGUAGUUUUUAUGAUUUAAAUUUACUUUUACAUAUUUACAUGGCCCCAUGCCUCCUCAACAAUAUUUUUACAUAAAUAUCCCAGAAUUACAAUUACUCUGCCUGUCAGAUUACUCUUCUUAAUUCUAAAAUAUUCUAAAUCUAGACAACUGGGACUCCAUAUUUUUCUUUAUUAUUAAGGAUCACUUGUAAGUUUAAUCCAAACCAAGAAUUAUUAAAGUAUUGAAGGUAUUUUUCGGAGGUACAUACGGGCCUUUUAUAUCACUGACAUAGGAUCUAUCAUACAACACCUUGAAAUAGUAUGGAACCUGAAAUAUUGCCUUUUGCAAACUGUUGAUAACAGCAAACUCACCAAGUCAUCCCAUGUAUUAUAAGAAAUGAACAUUUAUUUGAGGGGGAUGGAUUCCAAGACCAAGGCUCGGAACCGGUUUUUUCUUUAUGAACCGGUUUAUUCUUCAUACAAAAAAUACGGGCAUUAUUAUGUUCUUAGGUUUAUUAUUUCAUAUUUAGUGGGACAAUCUAAUAAUACGAAGUUGUUACCUAAAUACAUGAUUCAGUCCCUUGUAAAUAGCAUAAAAUAAUUAAAAAAAAAUAUUGGGCUAUUAUGGGAUUAAAAAUAAAAACCGGUUCCGAGCCCUGAUGGAUACUUAAUACCUACCCAUUACAUAUUAUUGCCGUACCUUCGUGGGAGAGUAAAGACGUUGCUUUCUAUUUCCGUAAAUGUUAUGAAUAAUUUUAUUUUAACGCAGUUGUAUGUUGUACUAAGUGUUAAUGGUAGAACUAAAAAUAAGUUUCUCAGUAAGUUCAAGUACAUGUUUAAAAGACUACUGUUGCAUUUUGAAUUGUGAAUAGUUAUUACUAACUUAAUAUCAAAGUACAGAGGUUACAAAUAUAUUAAAUCAUAUCAAUUAAUUUGACUGGUAGUGUAUCUGGUUACUGGAUAAACUUCAAAAUAAAUGCAGAUGUUUUCGUUUUAUUUUUACUUUGUUGCUGAGUGUACUGGGAUAAGGUUCUAUCGGAACUUAACUUACAGCUACAUGUGCAGCUACACAGUUUGUGCUUUUUAUGCAAGUUAUGUUACAUAAUAUUUUAAUUGAUAUAUUUUGUCUAGCUAGUAUGCCUACAACCAUUUAUGAAAGAAGUUCAUGUAUAAACACUUCUGUAAUAUAGUUUUAGUAAAAAUGUAUGCCAUACUGACAGUGAAGUCAAUAAAUGAUACUCAAGAAUUUU